UCAUCAAUUUAAAAAAUGGAAAUUGAAAGUGAAAAUUCAAAAAAACAAAUUCAAAAUGAAGAUGAAAAUUUUUUCCAAACAAUUGGUAGUCGAAAAAAAUUGAAAACACUUAAAGUGAUACCAAAUCUUCCCAAAUGGAUCGAUGAAUCUGUCAAUUAUUCAGGAGAUAUUCAAAACAAUUCGGUUGGACUGAAUGAAAUCGAACAACCAAUCGAUGAUUGUUUAUUGAAUACUCUGCGAAAAAAUGGUAUCGAAAAAUUGUUUCCCGUACAAAAAGAAGUUAUUCCAAAAUUGAUGGAAAGUCUUAAGAAGAAAAAAUAUUUUCGGCCUAGAGAUAUUUGUGUCCUUUCACCGACUGGUAGUGGAAAAACAUUUGCUUAUUCAAUACCUGUAAUUCAAUAUCUACUUGAUCGAAUUGUCACUCAAAUACGGGUGUUGGUCAUAUUACCCGUGAAAGAUUUGGCCAAUCAAGUUUAUAAAGUGUUUCAAAAUUUUUGUGAAAAUACAACUCUUAGAGUAGGAUUGGCGACUGGUUCAUCAUCAUCCAAUACGUUUUAUAAGCCGAAUGCAGACGGAACUCAAACAAUUUGUUUGGUUGAUAUUCUUAUUGCAACACCAGGAAAACUUGUUGAUCUAAUUAUGAACAAUGAAGAUAGUGGAAGAGAUUUUCAUUUACGAAAUUUAGAAAUAUUAAUCAUCGAUGAAGCUGAUCGCAUGAUGAAUGAAACUCAAUUACAAUGGCUUAGUACAAUCGAAUAUGCUGUUCAUGGAUCAAGCAGAAAAUUUUAUUGUCCAUGUUUGACGCCCAAUGCUGAAAGUCUACAAUGCAACUAUAAUGUUGAUCCACUUUGUGCAUGUUCCACAUUUCAAAUGCGAAAAACAUUGUUCAAGAUUUUAUUUUCAGUAACAUUUACAACUGAUCCGGAAAAAAUUGACAAUCUUUCGCUAUACAAGCCUUUACUAAUCAAUAUGAAUAGCAGCAAUAAUGAUGAUUUAUCAGAAAGAAUAAAACCUGUAGCAUUGCCCGAAAAUCUAAAAGAAUUGAUGGUAAUUUCCGAUCAAGAUAAAAAACCACUUAUUUUAUGGCAUUUAAUGAAAAAUCUAGGCUAUAAACGAAUUCUUUGUUUUGCGAAUUCUAUCGUCAAUGCUCAUAGACUUGGCCAAUUGAUGAAAAAACUACCAGAAUUGAUUGUUCAUGAACUUCAUUCAAAACAAAACAUACAUAAAAGAACAAAGAUUUUAAAGAAAUUUGCAAAUGGAUCCAUUCACAUAUUAAUAUCGACGGAUGUUACAGCUCGUGGUAUGGAUAUUGAUGGCAUCGAUUGUGUAGUUUCCUAUGAUCUACCACGUAAUGAAACUGCCUACAUUCAUCGAAUUGGUCGAACAGCCAGAGCUGGAAAACAGGGAACGGCCAUAACAUUAAUUUCGCCUGAUCAAUUGAAACAUUUCAAUAUAAUACUACGCAGAACACACAAAUUUUCAUCAACAUCUAAUGAUAAAAAACAAAUGAUUGAAAAAUUAUCGAUAAAAAAUUCCGAUCUAAAACCAUUAAUAUCAUUCUACACGAAAGCAUUGGAACAAUUGAAAAAUGAUGCCAAAAGUGAAUGGAAAAAAGAUGUGCACGCUCAACGUCAACAAUUAAGGAAUAAAUCUUCAUUUAAAUCAUAAAAUUAACUUAGUAUUAUAAAGUUUAAAAUAAAUUUAACUAUAGUUGAUGUCGUAU